CAACACAAGACAAGAAGGCUUUCUUUCUCGUGAGGGUUAUAUUGCUUAUAUAUAUGUAUAUAUAUAUACACAGAAUCUUGUUGACCCAUCGUUGACCGGUCGGUGUGUCGGGGGCGUGCUUUUGCCAUCGACAUCGUCUUCAUCGUUUUCGUUUUGAUUAUAACAAUGGGCGGACGCAAAACUAUUUAACGCGGGUAUAUAAAAGUGGGAUUUACAAAUUAAUUUUUCAUGUUUUUAAUUAUUUAAAAAAGAAACGAAAAAUAAGCAGUGCCUUAAUAUAGUGUUAGAAAAUCGAUUCUCGAUCCUUCAAGAAAAGCUUUUUUACUGCGCAAGUGAAAAUAGUGUUUGAGAAAUGAAAGAAAAACAAUAUACACGUGAGUGUCAGGGAAAUAAGUGUGAACAUGUGAAUAUAUAUAUAUAUAGUUUUCAAUAGCGAAAGGAUUAAAAUCUCUUUGUGGUGUUAAAUUACAUAUACAACGAUUUUGUCCUGUUACUCAUUCUCGAAAGAGGUUUCCCUAAAAAAAAAAAAAAGGGAUUUUUUUCAAACAGCUGGAGAUCGAGAGUUACCUUGAGGCCUUGAGAUAAAUUUUGACGGAUGAUUAUAAAAAAAAGAAGAAUGCCGAGGGAAUUCAAAGGGACCAUGGGAUGAAAGAGAGAGAAAAAAAAAGAUGGCAACGAUUUCGUUAGAGGCAGGUGGUGAACCCGUGGCACUAGAAAUGUCAACAGGUGUCAAUUUAGGGACAAUACCAAGGCGGGUAAAUCUGGAAUUUCCACCGCCACCAUCCUAUCCACCACCACAUAAUAAUUCUAAUCUUGAUAAUUGUUCAUCAUCAUCAUCAUCAUCAAUGAUUCCCACCUUGCCAAGUGGUUCAAGACUUCGUCAAUUUCAAGAUUAUUCCUACGCUUAUUAUGAACCAAGUACAAGUGCAAUUAAUAAUUCCUAUCCAAUUGAAUCAACAAAUCCAUUUUCCCAUAAUAAUAUAAUUGAUACAUCAUAUCGAAAUAUAUCUAAUCCAUUUAACACCGACAUGACAUAUCCCGUUAAUCAACAACAACAACAACAACAACAGGGAAUAUAUCAACAAAAUUUGUAUCAAUCGAAUCAAUAUGUGACGAGGCAAAUGAAUCCACAAAAGAGGCAUACCUAUGUAACACGUUAUGGAACUGAGGAAAAUAUUUAUGAGGAAAUUUCUGAUCUUGGACGACAAUGUCCUCGAUCGAUUCGAGGUUCACGACAAUCAUUAAUUGACGAGGAGGUACGACGCGUACAAUAUCGUCAUCGACGUGUUCUCGGUGAAUUAAAUCUCAGUGUUGAAGAAAUGCUGAUGCCAAAGACAAUUGAGGGAACUGAGAAUAUUGUCGAAAAUCAAAAGGAUACAUCAACUGAUGAAUUACUUGGUAAUAUGAGUCCAACUGAUCAACUACUUUCGCCAAUAGCAUGUGAUUUAGAUUCUGGAUUUAGUGGAAGUUCUAGUGCAAGUUAUCGUUCUGGACUUGGUUCAUUGAGAAGAGGCAAUGUUUUAAAUCAAAGAAAUAAUAAUUACGAGGCAAAUCAACGGAAAACAAAAGCGGCUAUGAUAUGGAAAAAGGGAUGGAAGAAACUUCAGGCCUUGGGAAGUAAUUCAGAGAAGCAAAAAAAUGACGAACCAAGGUCGAGGUGUCGAUCAUGGGAUGACGUGGGACCAAUUGCAAUGGACACUGUCAGUCAACAUAGUAGACAUCAACGUCUUCCAAUGGAGCCAAUUGGAUCCAAUACGUCGACGCGAUCAGCGAGGAGCGAAGAUUCCUGGUGCUCAGCAUCCGAUCACGAUCUUUCCUCUGACGAGGAAAGUGAAAAAAGUAGUGUCAGUAUUAAGAGCAAUUGUCAAUUGAGAAAUACAAUUCAUAAAGCGCGAACGCUUUGCGAUAAAUGGCGAUCACAAAAUAUGCGGAUUAGUAGUCCGGAAUCAUUGGAGCCAUGCAGUCAGGGAAGAAUUUUAAGAUGGUUCAGCAUUCGAAGAGGAUCGCCACAUCAAUAUGAUGUCGAUACAUCGGACACGGUCUCGUUAACGAGUCCCGUGAAACCACCUCAGAUGCCUCAACUUUGUGAGGUGGAAGAAGAAAGUGGAGCAUUAGGACAAUUUCAAACAAUUCAACAACGACGACAAGUUCCACCUUCUUUGCCACCUGCGCCUUCGAAUUUAACGGCGCAACAAUUAAAACGCCGAUAUAUUAUCGCAGCGAUUGUUCACUCAGAGAAUAGUUAUGUUUCCACUUUACAAAGGCUCGUUAAUGAUUACAAAAAACCAUUGGAAGUGUCGUCGCCGCCAAUUUUAAGUCAAUCAAAGAUAGCGACAUUGUUUCAUCGACUUCCUGAGAUUCUCCAAUGCCACACCUUAUUUCGCAUUGCGUUAGCUGAAUGCGUAAGAUCAUGGGACAAAGACGAGAAACUUGGCGAUGUUUUUGUUGCAAGUUUCAGUAAAGCAAUUGUCCUUGAUAUUUAUAGUGAUUUUAUCAAUAAUUUCUCAGUGGCAAUGGAUCUCGCUAAACAAGAAUCAAAACGAAAGACUGCACUCGCCGAUUUUUUCAAGGUGAAACAAAUUAGCGCUCACGACAGAUUAUCAUUUUUUGGACUGAUGGUGAAACCGGUUCAAAGGUUUCCGCAAUUUAUUCUAUUUUUACAAGACUUAUUGAAACACACACCACAUGGACAUCACGAUAGAAUGUCAUUACAAUUGGCUUUAACGCAACUCGAGAGUUUAGCGGAAAUGUUAAACGAGAGAAAACGAGAGGCCGAACAAUUUCAAGCAUUCAAAGAGAUGCUUCGACAAGUGUCGGGAAAAUUGUCACAUCGACCACUUUCAUCGUCAUCCAGGUACCUGAUUAGAGAAGACGACGUCACUCAAUUGGAAUUCAAUCAAAAUGGAAUGAUUACAAAAUCAAAGAGAAGACGUCUUCUUUUAUUAAAUGAUUUGGUUGUCUGCGUUUCCGUGGCGUCACGUGCCACGGAGGAUUUUUCCGGAAACGAAAGACUAACACUGAAAUGGACGCAUCCUGUGUCAGAAGUUGAGAUUCAAGACACAAGUGCGUCGCCAACGCUCAGUCGAUUAUUAACAGCGGGUCUUAAUAAAGGAAAUAGUCUUCGAUCUGAUAGAAGUGGCGAAAGCGGUCAACUUGGCGCUGAUAGUCUUUGCGCUGAGAUGAAUGAUCUUAUGCACGAUUAUGAAGUUAUGUCAAGAAUCAAUGAUUUGAUCGCUCAACUUAAAGGAAAUUACGAUGGAAUGACAUUGGACACAACGAAACAACUUCUUCAAUCAAUUCAAUCGUCAAUUCAACAAAAAGAUGAAGUAAUGAUUUGGGCCGACAGUUGUUGUCUUCAAUUAAUGACAAAACAGGGACAAAUGUAUACAUUUCAAACUGAUAAUCCACUAGUGAAAAAAGAUUGGAUCACCGAAUUGAGACUCGCUCAAUUGGCGCUCGAUCCAAAUAAUUCGCCAUCAUGGGAAGUGCCUGAGCAAGAACAAAGACCAUCGACAAAAAUGCCUCUAUUUGUCAGUUCACAGCUUGUUUAUCAAUCGCAACAUCAAACCGAAGUACGUUGCGGAUGUUAUUACACAACUCAAAAUCCAAAACCAACCCGUCGACGUGGUCGUCAUCAAAGUUAUCUCUGGAUAUGCACCGGUGACGAUAUAUCGAGUCACGUGACAAUAUUCAAUCAAUCAACAACCGCUUCAAAUACAUCACUAAAACAAAUAGCAACAUUUGAUUUAUUUGAAACUCCCGUGACAGCAAUGGAAUUUGUCAAAGGUUUACCAGGUGAGACAUCCGGUUUAAUAAGCGAUACAAUUUGGUUUGGCACUGAUUCACGUAAAUUAUUCAUUUAUCAUGCCAAUGAACCUGAGAAACAUGAGGAAAUUGAUAAAUUCACCGUUAAUGGCGCCGUAACACAAAUAAAAUAUCAUUAUGACAAUGUAUUUGUUGCACUUGAUAAUGGUUCACUUUUAAUGUUUCGUCGUAAUUGUCAUGGUAGUUGGGAAUUACGUGAACCACUUGUUAUUAAAUUAGGUCCAAAUAAUGAGCCAACAUCAUGUUUAAUGCCAAUAAAUUCAUCUGUUUAUGCGGCGUGCGGUAAAAAAGUUUGGGUUAUUAAUGCCCUAACUGGUGAAUUGGGUAAAAAUUUUUCUGUUCAACAUGAACAUGUUGGUAGUGUUAAAUUAAUGGCACAUUCAGGCGUUGGUUUAUGGUUGGCAUUACGUAAUUCAAGUACAGUUUGUUUAUAUCAUACUGAGACAUUUAAACAUUUACAGGAUAUUAAUAUUGCCUCAAAUGUUAUGCGUGUUAUUAAAUUGCCAGAGAAUCAAAAUCAACAAUAUAAAAAUUAUCAAAAUCAUCAAAAUCAUAUUGUCACAGUAACGGCAUUAAUGGCAUGUAAAGGUCUUUUAUGGGUUGGUACAAAUUGUGGUAUUAGUCUUACAAUUCCAUUGCCACGCCUCGAGGGCGUGCCAAUAAUUUCAGGGCGUGUUAAUAUUUCUUAUCAUGCACAUUUUGGACCAAUCACAUUUUUACUUGCGAUACCACAAAUUCGUAAUAAUUGGACAAACGAUGAGAAUGAACAAAAUUAUCAAUUAGAACAAUUAGAACAAGAAGACAUCGACGACGACGACGACGACGACGAAGAAGAAGAAGAAGAAAUUGAAACAAAUCAACAGAAAAAAAAUAAUUCUAUAGUAAAAUUACGUCAUCAAUUAGCUGAAAGUCCAGUAAUGUUAAGACGUAAACGUGGUAAAUUUAAUGAAUUUCGUGGUUCAAAAACAUUACCACGUGGUUUAGGUAGUAGCGGUGGGAAUUUUCUCUCUAAUUCAACAUCAAGUUCACAAAGUUCUGGUGAAAAUUGUGAUGUCUAUGGUUUAUAUGGUGAUUUAAUGAAUAUUAAAGAUUAUGAUACAGAAAAUAAUGGUGGUAUUGAUCCAAUUUAUGAAACAUUAAGACGUAGUGAUCCUGAAUUGGCGGCAAUACCAAAUAAAGUAAGUACAUUGGAUCGUCGAUUACAAAUGAAAAUAACACGUCCACGUUCAUUGGAUUUGUCAAAUUGGUCAGUUGAUUCACAUGCAAGUUCAUUGUAUACAAGUUCAGGAUCAGAGGAGAAUUUAAGUUUAAAAACUGGUAAAUUAUCACGCAAUAGCAGUACGGCGAGUCGUAAUGGUCCCUAUGAUGGUAAUAGAGAGUGGAAAAGAAGUGGAACCACGCCCAAGGAGGAGAAAACCACGCCUAGAAGUGAAGGCCACGCCCAAAGGGAGGAGAAAGCCACGCCUGCUUUGGAUAAAACCACGCCUAGAAACGAAGGUCACGCCCCAAGGGAGGAGAAAGUAACGCCCAGAAUUGAAGGCCACGCCCCAAGGGAGGAGAAAGUAACGCCCAUUUUUGAAAAAACCACACCCCGAAUUGAAGGUCACGCCCAUAGGGAGGAGAAAACCACGCCUACUUUCGAUAAAGUCACACCUAGAAUCGAAGGCCACGCCCCAAGGGAGGAGAAAGUAACGCCCACUUUUGACAAGACCACGCCCAGUAGAAAUGAAAAAUCAAUUACGAGAGUAGGAGGAGGAAAGGAUCGUUUAAAGGAGGGAAUGAGAGAAGGAGGCAGAGCAAGGGGAGGAGCGGAGGGUGGUGUGCCUACGGCAAAAAAAGUGGGUAAUGAAAAGAAAAGUGGUAAUAAAAAAAUGCAAAAAACGCCAAUUCAAGAACAACCAAAACGCACAGUGCUUACAUUAAUGGGUGGUCGUGGUUAUGUUAAUUGGCGGCAAUUAAAUACACAGACUGAAAAAAAUCAUAAACAAAUGAUUAAUAAUUAUUCCAAGGAUCCAAAUAGUAAUGACGCGCACAUUGUACUAUGGGAAAUGAAAUUGUGAUUAUGACUUUUUCUUUAAUGAAAGGAAAAAAAAAAUGAAAAUAAAUCCCUCCUCUCCAUUAUUUUUUUCUUUUUUUUUUUGGUAAAUCGAAAAUAUACAUGAAAUUUUGAAAAAAAAAUAAAAUUUAAAAUUACAUUUGUCGAAAAAAAAAAUUGCACUUUUGAAAAUAUUUUGACAAAAAAAUCUAAAAAAAAAUUCAAACUUCACACGAAAAAAACACACACAACAGAGAAUUAAAUUUCAGUCAAACCGGAAAUAAAAAAAAUUAAAAAAUUUCAAUUCGACAAAAAAUUGAAAAUUAUCUUUUUUUUGGAAAAUUUUCAAUUUUUUUUCUAUUUUAUUUUAUUUUAUUUUUUUUUUUU